AUGUCCCGUCACAAACACAAGAGAAAUAUUACAGGCGGCUACUUAAGAGGCGACUCUGACUGUGUGCAGUACGGCGGCGGCCCUCCUCGUCGGCUGCGAGCUGAGGAGCGCCCGCUGGACGAGCAGGAGCGCGUGCUGCGGCGGCUGGGCUGGCGGGACGCGGGGCGGCGCGCGCGCCUCGGCAUCGACCCCUGGCUGCAGCACGCGCUGCGCUUCCGCACGGGGCCCGCCGCCUCGCCGUGCGCCGCCGGGCUGGCGCGCGCCGGCCCGCUGCUCGUGCUCAAGGGGCUCGUCUUCCCGCAGUGGCGCCGCCGACACGUCGCCCUACUCCCCGGCCGCCUGCUCAUCUUCCCUGCGACGGACGACGGCACUCCGGAGCAGGUGGUGCUAUCUGGAGGCUCCGUGAGUGAACGACCCCUCAAGGCUGGCCGGCUGGUCCUCCGCGUGGAAGUGCCGCAGCUCGCGGCAGCGCCCGAGAGCGCCGCCACCAGCACCGCCACUGUCAGGCACAUCUUCCUCGGUUUCGACACGCACGCCGACAGAGACCUCUGGCGGGAAUGGCUGGAACAGGCGACGGAGGAGGCGGCGCAGCCGUCGCGGCUGGACGUGAGCGGCGGCGCGCUGGAGUCGCUGCCGGCGGCGCUGCUGUGCGGCGCGUCGCUACUGGAGCUGGACGCGUCGCGCAACCGGCUGCGCGACCUGGAGGCUGUAGCCGCCGCCCCCUGCUGCCCGCUGCCGCCGCCGCUGCUGCGCCUCGACCGGCUCGCGCUGCUCGACCUCUCCUCCAACUGCCUGCGGGACCUGCCCGACGGCCUGCGGGACCUCCAGCAGCUUCAAGAGCUGCGACUCGACCGCAACCAGCUGGUGGCCCUGCCAGCCUGCCUGUCUCAACUGCCGCGUUUGCGCGCGCUCUGGGCGGCGCACAACCUCCUCUCCGCCCUGCCGCCCUGGCUCUCCACCAUGCGCGCGCUCUCCCUUCUGGACGUGCAGGGCAACCGCGUGGAGGGCGUGGGCCGGUCCAGCGGUGGAGACGCGCUCCAGCAGCAGCAGCAGCAGCUGGGCCGCCUGGUGCUCAGGGAGAACCUGCUCAAGGGCCGCAUCGUGCUCGCCGACUACGGGAACUUGACACAACUGGAUGUAAGUGAAAAUAAUAUUGAGACACUUGACCUCAGUGCACUUAGCAAACUGGAAAAUGUGCAGUGCUCUAGGAAUCAGUUGGUGGAAUUGACAGUGAAUGGAAAAUCACUUACCUCAUUGAUUGCGGGGAAUAAUGCAUUGCAUAAGCUGACAAUAAGUCCACCGCCGGUUCACCUGAUGCACUUGGAUGUUUCAUAUAAUGAGCUGGAGAUGUUGCCAAACUGGAUACCAGGCUGUAACAAGCUGCGGGCUCUGUUUGCAAGCCAUAACAAACUGCACUCAUUGCCUGAGCAUAUGUUCUGCAGUGACCUCACAAGUCUACAGACACUGCAGCUGAGUUACAAUCAACUGUCUUCACUGCCCAGUGUUAUUGGACAUCUCCAAUUGCAGGAGCUCUUUCUUCAGAGCAACAGCAUUGCUAUGCUGCCUUCAAAUUUCUUUAUGGCCUUAUCUAGACUGAGGGUAUUAAACAUAUCCAACAACAGGUUAUGUGAACUUCCGUCUGCUCUAAAGCUUUCUGACAAUCAAGUUUACGAGAUGGAGAAACUUUAUCUCACUGCUAACUGCCUUACUGACAGUUCACUUGAAAUUAUUGCCAAGUUCAUAAAUUUACGAAUACUUCAUGCAGCUUACAAUUGUCUGACCCGACUCCCUGAAAGCUGUAUAUCUGUGUGGAAAGACUUGGAGGAACUGAUUCUCUCAGGCAAUAAGUUGCAGUACCUGCCAGACAACAUCACUCAGCUAGAACAUUUAAGAGUUUUAAGAGUUCACUCUAAUAGAUUAUAUACAAGCCCCUGCUUUGCAAAGAUGAGCUCAUUGAAGGUUUUGGAUUUGGCACACAAUCAACUUGACAGAAUAAAUCUAGCAACACUAGUCCCAAACCAGCUGCAGUUUUUGGAUCUCUCGUGUAAUUCCAGGCUUUACGUAGAUCCACGUCAGUUUCAAGUGUACAGGACUCAGAGGCCAAUGAGUCUUGUUGAUGUGUCUGGACACAACAGAACUAGUCUUCCCUCCACUCCCUAUAAUGAAGGGAAUGGAGAACUUGAUCCUCCAUGGAAAAUAGGUUUCUCUGAAGCAGCAGGGAGUCGAGAAAGACUUUACAUAAGCCAGAUUCGACUACCGGCAUUCUGCAAUACUGAGGGCCUAUUUGGCAUGUUUGAUGGAGGAAAUACUAAUGAGUUACCAGUUAUUCUAACCAAAGCAGUGCCACGAAUAUUACUGGAGGAAAGAACUGUUAAAGAAACAGCAAAUGAAUAUAUGAAGUACACAAUGUUGUCUGCACACCGUGAACUGAAAGAAAAGGGGCAGAAGAAUGGUGUUUGUGCUACACUCUGUCAUAUCACCAAAAUGAGAGGAAACUCUAAUCAAGGCGGAAAUGGAUUCAUACCAAGUAACACCCGGUAUGUCAUGAGAGUCGCUAGUGUUGGGGAGGCUAAAGCAGUGCUUUGUAGACAGUCUGAAGGAAUUGUUCUUGCACAGAAAGAAAAAUCUAAAGCUACUGGUAAUCCAAAUAACACUAAACAGCGUAGUCAACUGGGCUGCAGUGCUAUGUAUCCAUUGGUAAUUCCUGAUCCAUGUAUUAGUGAAAUUGUACUGGAAGAGCAUGAUGAAUUUCUGAUCAUUGCUAACAAGGGUUUCUGGGAAGUUAUCAGUGUUUCUGAAGCAGUUGAAGAGGUGCGGCACGUCAGCAAUGCCAUCUUAGCUGCCAAAAAGCUCCAGGAUAUGGCUCAGAGCUAUGGAUGUGAUGAAAACAUAAGCAUAAUUGUUGUACGUUUCUAUAAUCUUGGAUCUGACAUGGACCAUUUGAUGAGGGAACUCAGGCAUACUAUUGGUAAAACAAAGCAGCGGUUUUCAGUUGACAGUGACAAUGAUGUGCCAGUGCAUACUUCAUGUCAGAGAACACUAUGCAGGUCACAGGCAGCAGAUGCAGGUUGUUGCUGUUGUCAAAGUGUUCCAGACCAUUUCUAUGGCACUGAGUGUAACUUGCGGUAUGGAAAUAAUGUAAAUAAUGAAUGCACUGACUCUCAUAUUCUACCUGAAACAGACAGAUCUUCACCCAGUGGGCAAAGUGAUCAUGCUAACAGUGACUACGUGGGAAGAAAAGUGAGUGUUGCAGAUGGACGAGAUGCAGCACGCUACACACAGCAGUGGAACAGUGGUGUUAAUCGAACUAUGCCAUUUUCGAAGGGAAAAUUUCAGAAUACUGUGCCACAUCAACAGUCUGUUUUGAUGCAUGAAAAUGGUACAAAGAAAAUUUCUGCAGUAGGUCCUACUAUAGAAAGGAGGAGCUAUAGGGACAGCAGAAGGAGUAAUAGUGGUGUUCUCAAAGCAAUCCGUGCCAAAGUUGACAUGUAUUCCAAUGGUCAUCUUGCAGAUGGUGAGGAAGAUGAGACAAGUUCUGAAAAAUCAGGCACACAACUUUCUGAAGAACAGUUCAAGUGCUGGGAAUACAUGCUUGAACAAAACACUCAACUACUUUUUGACAAAGAACUUGACACACUUUCUCGUGGUUUUGUUAGAAACUGUGGACUAAGGGCUGCCAGUUCAGCUACAUUGCUAGAUCCUUCCUGGCCACAGCAUGCAACAUCCUCAUUUUGCCAAGGUAAAGUUCUUUCUCACAGCAGUCCUCAUCUCUCUGAUAGUGCUGCUCCUUCUGGAUCUAUUGCUCCAUUCCUGUCUCGGCAUUUUGGUAGUGCUAGAUCUUUUAACCCUAUCAGUAGGUCAAAUAGGUUUGGAUCGUGUAGACAAACAUUAAAUGGGGGACCAAAUGCUGCUUAUUUUGGCAGCUUACAGAGACUAAUGCCAUAUAAUCUAGAAUAUAACUUUGCUGUUAUCCAGGAACGAGGUGCAAAUCAGGACUCAUUGGAAACAGACAGCCGCAUGCAGAAGUACUGGGAUGUGGCAACUACUGAGUUGUAGCUGUAAAAGACUGAAUUAAAAAUUUCCUUAAGAUAAGUGUUACCAUUCAUAUAAUGUAACAACAGGUAGGGUUUUGUAAAUAUUAGUAAUCUGUACAAAAAAUAAUUUUGUAAAAUAAUAAUGUCAAAAUAAAUGCUUUCAUAGAAAUUUCUUGUGAUAUAAGCCUUUACUGACUAAGUGUAAAAUACAUUAAAAUUUCUGAUAAAUAUAAAUUAUCUUCAUGAUUACCCUCAGCCUAAGUCUUUCUUUUGUUUUUACUUUAUCAAAACCAUUAAGUGGUCACCUAUUACAUAUUUGUACAUUUUUACCUUUUUAAAGUUACUUAGCUGAUUAUUAGUUCCAUAGAUUAUAUCCGUAACAAGUUUAAGAUUGUGGAAAAUAUUGGUUGUACAACUGCUACACAUGUCUCAUAAAAGUUAAUGUGUUUUAAUUCUUAUUUACAAAUGUACAAAUACUUAUUUAAUCAGUUUCUGUUAUUCAAGAAUUCGUAUUUGGCGUAGAUGAUCAUGCCAAGAAAGAGCUGAUAUUAUCUAUGAGUGGCAGUCAAAUGAAAACUGAACACGUGCUGCAACGGGACCAUGGAAGGGCUACAUUCAAAACUAAUCACCACUCAUGUUAAGACAUUUAUCCCAAUGGGAGACAAGAUGAUCAAUUCCUAUUUCAUACAACAUGGUCGGCUGCUGACAGAUCCACAACGCACCCACCCCUGCACUUCCUCGUCCAACUGAAACUGACGUCCACACGUCUUUCUUCAGGUUACCAAAAAUGUGGAAAUCACAUGGUGGAAGAUCCAGGCUGUAUGGAUAAUGUUGCAGUGUUUCUCAAUACGACAUCAAGAGGAGUUUCGAAUCUUAGUAAAAUGAGUUCCUCAACCAGAUUGCUAAAGCAUAGCCUUUGUCCAAUUGGAAGCGUGGGGCAGGUGUUAUCAUGCAAUGGGAUGAUUCCAUCCAGCAACAUUCCGAUAGCCCUAGGGUAAAUGGCAAAGCCAACAUUUGAAAUCUCCCACCUCCCCCCUCUAAAGAUAUCCAAAUAUGUUCAUACAGAUUCCAGUAAGGUCAUGGUGACCUCCUUCUUUGACUGCAAGGAACCUCUGCUCAUCAAGUUCCUUGAAUGUGGAACCACAAUCAAUGCACAGCUCUAUGAAGACACUUUACAGAAUCUGUGAAAUGUCAUAAAGUCCAAAUACCCAAGAGUACUGUUGGAUGGCAUCAUCCCAUUGCAUGAUAAUGCCUGCCCCCAAACUGCCAGUGACAUGAAGGCUACACUUCAGCAACAUGGUUGGGAAACACUGCAACAUCCUCCAUACAGCUCAGAUCACUGACAACCUGAAGAAAUACAUGCAUGGAUGCUAGUUUCAGUCAAACAAGCAAGUGCAUGAGGGGUUGUGGUUGCGGAUCUUUCAGCACUCAGCCGUGUUCUAUGAAACUGGAAUUGAUCAUCUCAUUUCCUGGUGAGAUAAAUGUCUUCAAUGCGAGUGGUGAUUAAAUAGAACCAUUCCACAGUCCAAUUGCGGUGGGUGUUCAGUUUACAUUUGACUGCCCUUUAUAAUUUCAAAGAAAGUUUUGCUGUUUUGCAGACAUUUUUAUGUUUCUGAGUCUAUCAUAAAAGAGUUAGAGUUGUGUACACCUGUCACUUCUGAGACAAUGAUUGUUCAGCAGAGUGUAGUAAAUAUUUGCUUUCUAGUAUUAUGUUUCUGAAUUUCACUUUUUAUCUCUUAAUGGGACAUGAAUCAUUUGUGACUUUCAUUACAGAAUAAACUUGCUAUGAAGUUGUUGUAAGCAUUCCUAAAUUUCAAACAAGUUACUAUAUUUUGCACCUAUUUAUUUGUAUGUGCCACAUAUAACUCCAUACUCAAGCUUAAUGAAGAAACUUCAACAUUAGAAAAAGCAAAUAAAGCGUUCUUGAAAAUUAUUAAGUGUUUCUAAGCAAAUGGGCUCUGACAAAACUCAUAUAAAAACAAUGUAAGCAAUUCUGAACUGUACAAGGCCUGACUA